AUGACUUCCAAACGAGUUGCUCCAUCUGCGCAGGUGGAGGUGCAGGUUCCUCUUCCAAACCCGGCGGUUGCUCCAUCUGCGCAGGUGGAGGUGCAGGUUCUUCUUCCAAACACGCCGGUUGCUCCAUCUGCGCAGGUGGAGGUGCAGGUUCCUCUUCCAAACCCGGCGGUUGCUCCAUCUGCGCAGGUGGAGGUGCAGGUUCCUCUUCCAAACACGCCGGUUGCUCCAUCUGCGCAGUUGGAGGUGCAGGUUCCUCUUCCAAACACGCCGGUUGCUCCAUCUGCGCAGUUGGAGGUGCAUGUUCCCCUUCCAAACUCCCCGAUUAAUCCAUCUGCGCUGGUGGAGCUGCACGUUCCUCUUUCAAACCCGCCGAUUGCUCCAUCUGCGCAGGUGGAGCUGCACGUUCCUCUGCCAAACCUGCUGGUUGCUCCAUCUGCGCAGGUGGAGGUACACGUUCCUCUUCCAACACCGGGUGCUCCAAGUUCUGCGGAGGUGGUGGCAGACCUUGAAGAAGGAAGAGUCGACGGGAGGAUUAGUAGCCGAGAGGAGGCGUCCGAUGAUGCGCAAAGUGGGCCGGAAGGAAUUGUACCCUCUCAGAGCAGCACGAUCUCUCGGAGGAGCAGUAUUAAGUAUAACCUGCUGAUUGGAUUUGCACUUAUGAAUCCUUCUUCCACCAGCCUUUUCAGGGCGGGUUCACCCUCGCAUGCCUUGUACAUGGGCUUAACUUCUCUUGGCAUAGCGGGCUCCCUCUUACUUUCUUAUGCAGGUGACAGAAUGCAAAGCAAUGUUUUGCUGCUGAGCUCCACCAUCCCCCUUCUUGGAGCCCUUUCGAUGCUGGGUGUUGAGGCUUCAGUACAAGCUGAGUUUUUUCCAUCUCGACAUUGAGGUGAUUUUGGUGCGCCACGACAAUGAGCAAAGGAAAUUGUGGCAGGUCUAACUGUUUUGGUGUGUAGAUAUUUAUGCAACUGUUAUUUUGACUUUUAUAUAUAUAUAUAUGUGUGUGUGUUCUUUGCAGCUAUUUAACUAGUGGUGGGGCCAUCAAUGUGAAAAUUAUAAGGUUGAUUUGUACUGGUAUAGACUUCCGUACAUGUGUUUGGUUGUGAACUAUACUAUGAAUGAAUGUAAACAUGGUCUUUAGAUUGA